AUGAAAUUGAAUCCCAAGAAGUGUGUAUUCGGAGUUCGAUCAGGGAAGUUUUUAGGCUUCAUGGUUAGCGAACGGGGAAUAGAUGCAAAUCCUGAUAAGGUGAAUGCGGUGCUUGAGAUGAAGCAGCCAAAGACAAUCCGAGAUAUGCAAAGGAUAACUGGCCGAAUGGUAGGGUUAACUCGUUUUAUCAGCAAAUCAGCUGCGUCUCCAAAGACAAUAGCUGCAGUGUUAGCAGUGGAGAGGAAGAAGCAACAAAUGCCGAUAUACUUUGUUAGUCAUGUACUGAAUGCGAUAGAGCGCCGGUAUCCGAUAAUUGAGAAAAUGGAAUUGGCAGUGGUGGUUGCGGGUGAGAUAGAUGUUCUAAUGAAUUAUCCAUUGGAAAAAUCAUUUCACAAGAUGGAUACGUCAGGAAGAUUGCUAAAAUGGGCUGUGAAAUUAUCGGAGUAUGAGAUACAUUAUAAGCCCAGGGUAUCAAUAAAGGCACAUGCCUUGUCUGACUUCAUAGUAGAGGCUUCAUAUACAGAUGAAGAAGAAGAUAUAGGCACUUGGCAGGUAACAAACAACGAAGCUGAGUAUGAAGCAGCGUUGGUAGGAAUUCAGUUAUCUAUUGCAGCCGAGGAAAAGCGUUUAGUGCUGACAACUGAUUCCCAACUCGUGUCAAGUCAGUACAAAGGGGAGUAUGAGACACGAGAGCAAUCAAUGGUUAAAUACCUGGAAAAGAUAAAUCAAUUGACGGCACAACUGCAGUAUUUUGAAAUAAAGCUUGUGCCGAGAGCCCAGAAUGCGCAAGCAGAUGCUUUAGCAAGGUUGGCAAGUUCGAGUUUUAAUAACUUAGAAAGAACUGUGAUGGUUGAGAUUUUGGGUGAGAAGAGUAUAGAUGAAGCACCAGAACAGGUGCUUUGUGUUGAUAGUGCCACCCAGUGGUAUGAUAACAAACUAGCAUAUCUCGUCCAUGGGGUGCUACCGGCAGAUAAGGGAGAAUCACAAAAGUUGCGAAAGGAUAGUGUAUGGUUCAUUAUGCAUCAAGGAAAGUUGUACAAAAGAAGCUUUUCAUACUAUUGA